AGAAAAGAUGAACAGUUUUUUUAUUGUUCUUUGUGUCCUUCUGAGCUGCCACAUAGGUCAUGCGCUGCAAUGCUACUCAUGCGACUACGGGGCCUGCUUAUUUCCCUCAAAGAUCACAUGUGGAGCACUUGAAGUCUGCGCGACAUUGACAUCUUCAUUAACUGAUUUCCUAAGUUUCAAGAAUAAGGGCUGUUUAAAUCCAGUCAACUGUCUGUCAGAAGUUUCAGAGACUUAUCUAGGUGUGACUGUGACAACCAAGCCUUCCUGCUGUUUCACUAACCUCUGCAACUCAGCUGUCACCCCUGGAGUGUCCAUCAUCACUGGUACAGCUGCUGUGGUAGCCCUGUGGCUAGUACAUCUCUUUUGAGACUACAGAACAGUUUGAGUUGCUAAUGAAAGCACCAUGAGAGUAUCUCAGCCAAUAUAUUAAAUCCAUGUUAUAGGUCAUCUGUUCCUCUUCAGCAUGUAAAUUAGACAUGCGCACAGGCAACUUUUGUUCCAAAUAUUCCAAAUAAUUCACCUGUAGCUUUAUACCUUUAGUGCAUUGAAGAGCCCCGCUAAUUGGAUCCUCUUCUUCACAGAGUCCCGCCCCUUCUCCUUUAGUACAUACCCUUGGCGCCACCGUGCUAUUAGCGGGGCCCGGGUUCUGUGAAUAAGAGGAGCUGGUUAGCGCAGCUCUUCAGUGCGCUUAAGGUAAGUAUUUUAACUAUUUAAAGGAAACAAAUGAAUAUGGAGAAAUCCGUCAUUAUUUAUUUGUCUUCUUUAAAUCUCAUGCUGCAUUUGUUCGGAUCUUUGUGAAAACGAGAUGAAUAUCUGUGUUUUGUUAAUGAAUAUGUAUUCAUAACAAAACAAAUGCACAUGUCUACUAAAUACUAACCAUAUACAUAAAUAUAUCGUUCCUCCCAGCCUGGUGUCGAGUUACACGUUUUAUACAAUAGCGUUCUGUAGAAAACUCCCUGUUUCAUUCUCACCCAGCACAACCAGGGCUAUCUGUGUGCAUUCCUAAUCAAUGUAUAUGGAUAUACUUAGAUUUGUAUUCCCUUCAAUGUAUAAAAAAUAAAGAUACAAUUAAUUACUUGUAACCUGA